CGAAGGAAGGAUCCUCGGCUGGAGGGGGGCAUUGAAAUAGGCCAGUUAGAUGCGCCGGUGCUUGUGUGGCAGGAUGCCUGCGAGAAGACAGCUGCUCCCGCGAGGCCAGAGACUACACCCUGCGAUUCCGGCAGCAUCUCGGAGCAGUUCGAUGGUCUGCCCUUUAUUGACAAUGAGGAAUUCUAUUCAGAAAACUGGUAUGUCACGGAGAGUCAACAGUUCAGCUGGAUUGAGCGAGCACAAUUAGCGACGCCGGAGGAAAUUACCCUCUAUUCAGGCCAUCUGUCAAAACGCAUAUUUGGCUAUGCAUUAUAUAAGCAAACGACACAAAAGCUGCCUCGUUGUGGGAAGAACGGGAAAUUCUUUUUGCAACGUUCUGCUCGAUUAGAUCUUCAGGAGGCCCUAUAUGAGAUCGGUGCGAGCCAAACAGCCCUUUUAGCAAGAGCACUUUUUGGCCGCCUUAUCAGGCUGGACUGGAUGUGA